AUAGGAUCAAAACCCCAUAACGGCAUCUAAGGGGACAACCAGACCAACCUACUGAUUUCUCCAAUGGCUUCUCUCUGAGCACAAGCAUAGAAAACUCAGAGAACCAGACAAACCAAGUUGGUAAAUUUCCACUUUGAUCGGAUUUAAAUUACGAGCAAAAAAGAAGAAAAUAGAAAAGAACCCCAGAAAAAUUGAAAAUAAAAUAAAAUAAAUAACAACCCAUGGAAGAGUCCCAGGAAAUACUGCUCAAGUCCCUCGAAAACUCCGGGGUUUGUGUUCCAAACAACGUUUUCUCAAUCCCGGAACUGAAGCCCACCACCUUGGUCUCGAUCUGUGGUCAGGCCCUCAACCUAAUCGACGACACUGUUUCGUUUCCCACCUCCCUGCCUGACUCCUCAGUGGCCGAACAGGUCAAGAUCUGUACGGACAUCGCUGCUCGGAUAAAGAAUCUGGGUUACCUCGGCGACAUGAGUUUCCACCAGUUGUUAUAUCCAUCUGAAGAGGACUUGUAUAAGUUGGUAAGAUUCUUGGUGGAGAGGCUUUCUGAGUCAUCUGAAGGUGGAAGACUUGCUGAUGUAAAUGAUGUCAUUGGUAGAAGGAAAGCCAAAGGAGAUAAAUCUGAGAGACAUUGGGAGGAAUCGACAAGAAAGCUUGAUGAAAAUGGAGCAGAUAUUGAUAUACAGAAAAUUGGAGGCAACUUGGAUGAUCUUAGGCUGAUAUCUGAAGUGAUGGAUUCCCUGAAUUCUGAGACAGGGCAUGCCUUUGUCAGCAAGCCUUGUGAUGUUAAUAUUAUUCCACAGGAAAAGGAUGAAAUGACUGUUGAUGAUGAAUCAAGAUCUAGCACACGAGAAUUCAACAAUGGCAGACAGACUAACGUAUUAAGUUUGAAGGAUUCUAUUGCAGAACCUCUUGUUGCUGGACAAGAUGCACCCAGAGGUGAAGAAACUGCAGUUCAGGGAGAUGAUAAAGAUCCAUUGGUGUUUGAAAAGAAAGUAGCUUCUUCUGGAGAGCAGUCUUCUAAGAUAAGAAAUGAGACUCAAACUCAAUGUCAAGAGAAAGUGUUCUUGGAAGAGGUGAUUGCGAAGGCUUCUGACUUGCACCAUCUUGAGGAAGAGUUAGAAAUGUUAAAAGCAGCAGCAGAAAUGGCAUUUAAUAACCAGCAUCCUGUUGACUUUUACCUUGAGCAACUCAAAGAGAAAGUAGAUACUAGAAAACAUCACCUUGUGGAAUUAAAGUCACAGUGGGAAGUUCUCAAAAAGCCCUUGGAAGAGAAAAAGGAAGGUCUGCAGCAGAUUCUGUAUGCAAAUGUUCCACAGGGUCAGGAAAAGCUUCAAAAGCUGAGAGAACUUGAGCUAGAAAAGCAAUCCUUCUUAUCUGACAUUGAAAAGAGGGAGGAUGAACUGUCUAAACUUUCAACAGAUCUAGAGAAGCAGCCAAAAGUGGCAUCAAGAAAAUCCUAUAUUGAGCGGAUAAAGGAGAUCACAAAAAACAGUCGAAAACAAGAUGCUGACAUUGAGCGGAUCUUAAAGGAUACCAGGGAACUUCAGUUAGAGAGUAACUCCAUUCAAGAACGUCUUCACAGAACCUAUGCUGUUGUGGAUGAGAUGGUGUUCAGGGAAGCUAAGAAAGACACAGUAGGAAAACAGGCUUACAGGCUGCUCACAAGCAUCCAUGAGAGCUUUGAACAAAUUUCUGAGAAGAUCAUGGCAACUGAUAGAAUACGACGAGAGGUGGCUCAACGUGAAAAGAAGCUAGCAGCCAUAGCCUCACGAAGCCUAAAUAUAGACAAGCUGCAAGCUGAUCUUGAUGUCAUUAAGAGGGAAAAUGAGCACCUUGAGAAAAGCCUCCGGGAUAAGUGAAUCAGGAAACUGGUUGUAACUAGAAAUCAAUUCUUUAAGUUGCCAAUGUACAUUAUUUUGGUUCCAAUUAUUUUUUCAAAUUCAAAGUUAUACAGGGUUAAUUUACUCAAAUUGUACUCGUUUAGCAAGAGGUUAAACCACGGGAAACAACAUGAGCUUGUCCUAGUAUGUUGUGCGGUUAUAAAGAGAAUUUUCGAGCUUGAUAAAAAGGGUCAUUAAAAACCA